AUGAACGAACGCGCCUACGUCAAGACGCGCGAGUCGCGAUCGCUGUGGGUCACGGAUGCCGACGGCUCCCGCGAGUUGCCGUAUCGGCCUGCGCCGGGCGGAACGUCGCGGAUUGCCGACGUGCGGCGAGGGGAUUCCUGGUAUGCGGUAGCGCUGGGCGAUGAGACCGCGGCGGAGAGUACGGAGCCGACCGAAGCCGCGCCGAACCCUGCGCGCACGACCCCUGCGCGCACGACCGUGGCGCCGCACGCGCUUGACGAACUGGCCGUGACCAUCAGGGAGCGCAAGGAGGCCAACCCGGACACCUCGUACACCGGAUACCUGUUCGAUCAGGGCGUCGACAAGAUCAGGAAGAAGGUCGGCGAGGAAGCGAUCGAGGUGAUCACGGCCGGUUCAGCGGAGGAGCUGAUCAGCGAAUCGGCCGACCUCCUCUACCACCUGCUUGCGCUGCUGGAAGCGCAGGGCGUUCGCCUCGACCAAGUCUCGCACGAGUCCAUCGGUGACCGGAAUCCAUCUCCACAGUCCCUGCUGUUCAUCACCGCGCAGACGCUCGAACACACCACGCAGCGCGUCGGAGUCCAGGUUCCCUUCCAGCUCAUGUCGCUUCAGCGCCGUGAACAGUUCCAACCGGCCGUGAGAGCAGCAGCUCAAUCCCGACUUGCCGGCCAACCACUCGAGCACACACGGGCUGCCCGGUUCGUUGAGAUAGCACUUGGCGAUGUACGAGGUAUCGAGGUAGAUCAGCGUUGCGACCGGUCCCUGGAGAUCAUCUCCGUCGAAUCCACGUCCACCGUCGGCAUGCUCGCGGGAUCGCGGACGGGAAACGGCUGGCCGGCGACAUCCUCCUCCGAAUAG